AUGAAAUCCUCCUCGUGCCAUCGACCAGGUUGCGCCAUCGUGAGCCCAAACCACACCGUGUGUAGAUGUUUCAAAACGGGAUCAGUCGAAGCUUUCCAACAGUUUGCAUCGGUGUCAUCUCAGCCAAAUGUCUCUGUCGAGCAACGCUUCACAUACGAUGCUCCAAAAGGCUACCCGUUACAUCGAGCAUACCCUCAAAAUCUCUCCACGAGAUCCAGAACCAAGCCGUCGAUCUUCAUAUCACUUGACCAACACCACGACAGUCAAUAUCCAGAACCACCACCCAACCAACCACCUUCGAUCAUAGAAUUCGACCUCCAAACAGAAGUCAAUCAAUUUUCCUCCUGUCUGCGCAGCGGCUCCUGGUAUGGAUUGGUGAUUGAAGGAGUAGGAGGUGGUAAGAUGCUGUUAGGAUGGGGAUAG